CUCAUAUAUGACCCCACAGCAACAGCCCACCACAUCAUCACCAGUUUUCAUCCGAGGGUUUCUCAGAUCCUUGUUCCUGGCUCAACAACCAUCACCCAGAGAAUCGAGAGUUGUGCUAUUCUGAUUACAGUUUUGAGGGCGUGCAGGGAACUUGAGGUUUAGGCUCUGAGGGUGAUUUUAAGGGUUUAAUUGGGAGUUUGGUUGUGUGGAAGUCAAGAUUUUUGACGAUGGGGAAGUGUUGUUGCUUGGUGUUUAUUGCAAUAUUAGCGUUAGUGAUCGCAGGAGUGUCAAUUGGAGUACCACUGGCGAACAAGGCUAAGGCGAAGGCAAACGACUCAGAGCAGAGCGCGGCGGAUAAUGUUUGUCAAGCGACGUCGUAUCCCGCUACCUGCGCUCAGACGUUGGCUAGUGGGAACUACACGGCCGACUCAAAGGGGGUGACGAGGUAUUCCUUGCAAAGUGCGGAAACAGGAGUGAAUUCAACUUUAUCAUCGAUUUUGAGAUUGAAUAGGACAAAUCCCAACGUAACUGCUGCACUGGAAGUUUGUGAUGAAGUUCUGGAGCUGAGUAAAGAGCAGCUGGAGGCGGCUAUAAGUGUACUAGGGGGGUCUAAUUCGACGGCAACAAAGAAAGUGAUGGAUGACUUGAAAUCUUGGGUGAGCGCGGCCAUGGAACUGCACACUACGUGCAUCGAUGCGCUCUUGGAGGUUAGCCCUGAAGACGGUAAGCGGAUAGAACAGGAUUCGGCUCACACCCAGGAGCUCCUAAGCAAUGCUUUAGCGUUUAUUAACGCGCUGGCUACUUAUGGAGACAAGAUCCAGAACUGGAAACUAACGGGGUUCAGCAUACCCAGCGGAAUUAACAUCUCGGACUUGACCGGAGUGGAAAUUCCGCCAGUUCCUGGUUUUCGCAAUCGGAGGCUUCUGUCCACUACAGACAGUCUUCCUGGAUGGAUGGAUGCUCAGACGAAGCGCCAUCUCUUGCAAGCUCCCACGUACGACGUGGUGGUGGCGCAGGAUGGCUCCGGAGAUUUUAAGACAAUUCAGGAAGCGGUGAACGCUCACAAGGAGAACAGCGCCCGUUUGGUGAUUUAUAUCAAAUCGGGUACGUACAACGAGCAAGUGACCGUGCCGAAAACUGCCAAGUACUUGACGUUCAUCGGCGAUGGCGAUAAGACCAUCAUCACGGGAAGUCGGAACGUUGCGCUAAUGAAGGGGAUGACCACUUUCAAAUCCGCAACUCUGAUCGUCUCAGGGGAUGGUUUUAUCGGCCGGUCAUUCAAGGUGGAGAACACUGCUGGAGCUGAAGGCCACCAGGCCGUAGCAUUCAGAGGGACGGCAAGGUUGAUCGCCAUGUACCAAGUAACAUUCGACAGCUACCAAGAUACGCUCUACGCGCACUCUUUCCGGCAAUACUAUCGCGACUGCACCGUCUACGGCACAGUGGACUUCAUCUUUGGCAAUGCCGAGGCUUCCUUCCAGAACUGCAAGAUAAUUGCGAAACGGUCGACUUUGCUCGGGCAGCAGAAUACAUACACUGCGCAAGGCAGAACCGACCCGCAGAUGACCACGGGGUUCUCCUUCCAGAACUGCGUUUUUGACGGAACCCCGGAACUCAAGGCAAAUACCACUUUUUACAAAACCUUCUUGGGCCGACCCUGGAAAGCUUAUUCUGUAUGCGUUCUGUUGAAGUCGGAGGUGCUGGCGCACGUCGAUCCCUCGGGGUGGAUGCCUUGGAACACGACUACUUUCGGCCUGUACACCUCCUACUUCGCCGAGUACCAGAGUUUUGGUGCAGGCGCUGACACUAGCAAGCGAGUGUCUUGGUCGCAUCAGAUCACCUCCGCGAGCACUGCGCAGACGUACCAAGCGAACAAUUUCGUGGGAGCCAGCUCCUGGGUACCGAGUUACAACCUUCCGUUAACGACGACCUUGUAGAUUACGCUAGGUUAGGUUUAGAAUUAGAACUCGUCCAUUUAGACGGCGAGUAAUUCAGAGGCCAUAUUGGCCUGGUUCGAAUGAAUUCGAACAAGUGUAAAAAUAGAAAUCGGCGACUUUCCAAUAAACAACCGGGUAACUCGAAGAUCUACCCUAUUCGAUUGUAAUUCACUAAUGUUAAUUGAAGGCAAGCUCUUCAGUGUUGUGAAA